AUGAGCUCCAAUCCAGACUAUGACUUGAGCGCGCCCAUUCAGGAGGGCACUGGCCUCCGACAAGGCCUCACCUCCUACGGCGACGCGCACUUCUCGCUGUUCCUCCGCAAAGUCUUCAUCAAGGCCCUCGGCUACAGCGAAGAUGCGCUGUCCCGCCCCAUCGUCGGCAUCGUCAACACGUACAGCAGCUUCAACCCGUGCCACGCCAACGUGCCGCAGCUCAUCGAGGCCGUCAAGCGCGGCGUGCAGCUCGCUGGCGGCCUGGCCAUUGACUUUCCCACCAUCAGCCUGCACGAGUCGUUUGCCAGCCCGACGAGCAUGUACCUGCGCAACCUCAUGAGCAUGGACACGGAGGAGAUGAUACGCGCGCAGCCGUGCGACGCCGUGGUGCUGAUUGGCGGCUGCGACAAGACGACGCCCGCGCAGCUCAUGGGCGGCAUCUCUGCGAAUAAGCCCAUCCUGCACCUAGUCACGGGGCCGAUGAUGCCGGGUAGUCAUCGCGGUGUGCGUAUCGGUGCGUGUACAGACUGUCGAAACAAUUGGGCCAAGUUUCGCGCCGGGGCGAUUGACAUUGAAGACAUUUCCGCGAUUAAUGACGAGCUUGCGCCUACUGCUGGCACAUGCGGUGUUAUGGUAUUGCAGGCGAUCGGUGGAUCAACAAAUGCAGUGGUUCAUCUCAUGGCCAUUGUAGGGCGGCAUCCGCUGGUGGCUGGGACAAUCACGCUAGAUACAGUAGAUGAGAUUGGGCGCAAAACACCACUGCUGGUUGAUUUAAAACCAAGUGGUGAGAACUACAUGACUGAUUUCCACAAUUCUGGUGGCAUGCUCGCUCUUCUUCAUCAACUCAAGCCGCUGCUCCAUCUUGGGGCUAGAACUUACACGGCAAAUACUCUGGGAGAAGAGCUAGCGAGAAUUACCCCCCUUUCUGUCCCUCAGAGUCUCAGCUGCAUUCAGCUGUUUGCGGAGCCACUCUAUCCCUCGUCUUCGCUCGUUGUUCUCAAGGGAAACCUGGCGCCCGGCGGCGCAGUCAUGAAGGCAAGUGCCUCAAAGUAUAGACACCUGCUAAACCAUCGUGGCAGAGCCGUUGUCUUUGCAGGCUCAGCCGACCUCGCUCAACGCUUGGACGACCAUGACCUCGAUGUCACGGCGGACAGCGUGCUGGUUCUCCAGAACAUCGGUCCUGUCGGCAACCCAGGCAUGCCCGAAGCAGGCAUGAUUCCCAUUCCGCGCAAGCUAGCAGAGCAGGGUGUGACGGAUAUGCUGCGCGUAUCCGAUGGCCGAAUGAGCGGUACGGCGGGCGGUACCAUUGCACUGCAUGUUUCUCCCGAGGCGGCCAAUCCAUCGUCUGUGCUGGGGAUCGUCCGCACAGGCGACUGGGUCAUUUCGAUUUUCUCACAGCAGCUGGUCCUGCCUAAACUUUCUCUUCAAUUACCAUCUGAAUCAGGAACCGCAUGUGAUUUCCUGGCUACGUUCCCUGAGGGUGCCACGUCGGGUCUAGGUGAGGGGAAUCGUGCUGCCGAGUCGCGAAGUCGAUCGAGCCAGUCCAUGGCAACUACGGAGGAGCUGUGA